UUUACGUGUGCUUGUAAUGGCGUUGACUGGCACAUAUGCUUGGAGGUGCCUUACUACAUAGACAACUGUAGAGUCGACGCUUGCCAUAUUCUGAGCUGAACAUCGUUGGGAGACAUUGGACUUGGUCUAUUAAUCAGGGCGCCAGAAACGGAAUAUCAGAACAUAAUUACAUUCAAAAGUGCAUCGCACAUGUCAUAUGGGAACGUUUAGAAACUGAUUGCAAUAUACAGCAGUUCCUCUCAGUGUGCACGGUGGCUCGCGAAAGGAAGAUUAUUGGACAAAGAUAGAUGACGUCCCUGUGAGUUUGUUCAAAGUUCAAUAAGCAGCUAACAGAGACGAUCAUGUUCGAGUGACGUGUGUAUGUCUAUGGGGACAGCGUUCAGAUCUCCUGCUAGUUAUUCCUGAAGAUAAACAGAUGAGUGUCAUUGGCCUGCCUAGGAGCUACACAGUGGUGUCGACUGCCUUUAAAAGUAUGGUAAAUUGAUUUGGAGGACUCUAAUCAUGCCACGUAAUUGCUGUAGAUGUGAAUGAAGAAUCCUCACGGAGACCUGGACUAAACAGAUACUGUUCUUCAAAUCGGUCAAAAUGUCGUCACUAGAGGCGCUUGGAUCGUUGCUCGACUCAGAGCAGCAGAAUGAUACAUUCGAGCGCGAGCAAGAGGAGCUGCACAGAGCAAUCGACUUUGAGAUUAACACUCAUCAGUUGGGGUUCGAGGAUACAAACUUAGCAGGCGAUAAUUGCCACUGGGAUCUAGCAGACGAUAACGCGAUCGCGGCAGAGACAGAGCCGUGUGGAAUUAAAGUGAAGGAAGUGAAACUAGCAGCAGACGAGCAGUGUUGCUCACCUCAAAAAUUUGCAGACGAUCACGACGAGAAGAAAGAAAAGCGUACGCUCAGGGCCCCUUGUUUGAAGGGAUCUUCUCACCAUCGGCGAGGAAACGACGGCAAACGUCUGCGCGUUGAAUUUAUCAUGGAUGACGGCGACUCGGAGAAAAAUUCCCUUAGAACCGACGUGGAGAAGGAAUUUAAUAACAUCCAUGGAAGGAAACAUGGGGGUUCGAUGCAUUCAAGGUUUAGGCAGCCUAGACUGUCGCUUCUUGGGAAACCGAUAGCCUACCGACCGCCUCCGGACCCCCACUACAGAAAGGUUCAGUCAAAAGUAUACAACUUUCUGGAAAGGCCCAAGGAUUGGACCUCCAUAGCGUACCAUGUGUUCGUGUUUGUCACCGUUGUAGCCUGCCUCUUGUUGAGUGUCCUUGAAACUGUUCCCAGGUACCGCGUCAUGAUCAGCCAGCUGUUGUUCUUUUUGGUAAGUACAUCUUGCAGUGCACUGGCAGACAUGCCGCGUGAAGUGGGUGCAGAACGAGGUCAGAAUGUUGGAAUAAAUGAGUGA